UAAAAUAAAUCCCGUCUAGUUUUAGCUAGCUAGCUAGGAAUGGGAGAGGUGUUAGCCAGCCACAUCAGAACUGUUGGAUCCCGAACGAUGGAGUUUGGAUUGCGUGCUUUUUGCCAAAGAUCAAUGCUUCCUACCGUACUGAUACGGUAAGUCUUGAUAACUGUGAUCAGAGCAAUGGGUGGGCCUCGUAGCCUGUGGCAAUUGAAGCUGCGAAGCUCUUGGUAGCUGCGUUCAGUCGGCCCGGACCCAUUGUAAUGUAAACCAUUCAACGAGCAAUUGGUGUCUCGUCGCAUUCCUAAUUUUGGUGCAGGAGUCGGGAGGUGGCGGGACCAGGUUCGGUUUCAGAGUUCUGGUUUCGGGCCUUGAUUCGGUUUGACAUCACAGGUCGCCCAAAUCGAUCUUUCACUUGACUUCCACACAGAGAUCGAUAGAAGCAAAGCAAAAGUGUAGCGACCAACCACAGCAAACCGACAAGAGCAACAGCCAACAGCAGCAGAACAAGAAACGAUACUGACACACCAUGGAUAUCUCAACUUCUAUAUUCGGGAUGAGUGCAUCUUCGAACGAAAACGAGAAAAGCAAAGAUGAUUGCGGCGAAGAAACAAGGAUACCCGACGCCAUUGAGUUUCUCAAUCAGAACCUCAACCAGAACCCCGAUGCCGACAGUGGUGGAGGAGAUUUGUUGAAUGCUUUGGCCAUCAUCUGCGAUGAUAACCAUGCCAGUCGAAUGAAUCACAUGCAAGGAAUCGACACUGCAGCAAUCUCGCAAGAUGCGUCGAGUCAUCAAAUGGCUCUGUUGUCCAACGACAUGCCACUCCUUGCUUCCGCCAAUAACAAGCGCCACCAUCCAGGACAGGCCUAUUAUCACCCUCGUGAUCAUUCGGACAGUCCAGCGACGACAAGCCAUGAGGAUUCGGUAGAUCAUCAUCAUCAUCAUCAUCAUCCUGCCGCUCUGGACGAUCAUUCCCACGAUGAGAAACCUCAGGGAAAGCGUCGCAGGAAAUCUCGCUGCACGCACCCGCGUCUGACAUGGGAAGAGCGCAUCCAACAGCUCCAAGACUACAAGGACGAACAUGGCGAUUUGCUCAUUCCGAUACGGUUCAAGGAAAACCCGUCGCUUGGAAAGUUCGUACACAAUACAAGGGAGCAGUACAAGCUAUUCCUCCGAAAUCAAAAGCAGGAGCAAGGAGGCUCCAAACCGACCAAACGGUGCAGCCUUACCCCGGAAAGGAUAGCACAGCUGGAGGCACUUGGCUUUGCCUGGUCCACAGAUCGCACCAAACACCAAAAGGAAGACUGGGAAGCAAGAUUGCAGCAGCUCAAGGACUACAAAGCGAAACACGGAGAUUGCUUGGUUCCACAUGGGUAUGCAGAAGACCCGAGUUUUGCAGAGUGGGUGCAUCGACAGCGUACCACCCACGCACACAUGUUGAAAGAACAGGCUGAUCAUUCACCUCAUCACAGCCACCACCCACCCAAUCCCCUCGUGGGGGAACGAAUGAUACAGUUGGAGGAACUAGGAUUUCAUUUUACGGUUCAUGCCGACAAAUGGAUGGAACAUUGGAAGGAAUUGAAAGCAUACAAGGCUAUGCACGGAGAUUGUCUUGUUCCAACUCAUUGUCCUGAGAACCCAAAGCUGGGAAGAUGGGUGCAUACUCAGCGUCAUCAACGACGAUUGCAAUUAAAGGGCAAGAAAUCUUGCAUGACAGACGAACGUGUCCAGCUCUUGGACUCGUUGGGCUUUAGCUGGGAUGUACGACACCUUAAUCAUCAUCACCACCACCAUGACCCCACCGAUUUCGUAGCCCCCAAUUUUGUUCCAUUUGAACCACAGCAGCAGGCAUAUUUGGAUCAAUCCAAUAUCCAGGGGCAUCAUCAACAGCACCAGCAAUCGACAAUGGCCGUGCACGGUAUGCCUCCUCCAGACCAGGAAUGUUUGCUUCAAAUGCAGCAAGGCAACAACCCCAACGCCAGUAAUGCCGACAUUUUUGGUCAUGGAAUGGCAAUGGUUUGAGAAUUGUGACAUCGACACACGCCACCAACACGCGCCUCUUGGGAAGAGAGAACAACUAACUUUGUAUGCAUGUGUACAAUAGCUGCAAAUAUAUAAGACUGAGUAGUAUAUCUGAGAUUCCUUUAUUCUUUACAUGUACUGGGCAUUGCUUUUCAAAUGCAAAUGCAAUUCUCUUUGUUUAACCAGUGGUUGGCCCCUAAUGCGGCCAUGUUCCUUUCAGUCAACUGUUGUUGAUUAAACACUGUUCAGCUCUGGGUAGUCUGCCACAACGUCUCUGAACGUCAAUGACUCCGAGCUAUCCUGGGGCGUCCAAAGAAUCUCAGCCCCUUGUAGGCAGUCGGAGACCUUGGCAUCCGAUGCAAUUUUUCGCAGAGCCUCUUCGAUGUCCCUCAUGUUGCGGAUUGCUGGCACCUUGGUUUUGUCUCCAUCAAUGGCCAAACAAAGUGUUACCACUGCCAUGGUUGCCUUGCUGCCGUCUGCUGCGCCAAAGCUUUGGACGCGACUGUUGCUGGCAUAGUCCACACCUCCAAACUUGCUAAUGGUCUCCUGUUCAAACUUACCUCGCUCUUCGACAGAAAGGCUGUUGAAGGCUCUCUGGGCUUUGUCGCGGUUGCGGUAGUGCUGGUAGUCCGUAGCGCCAGCAACCACCGAUGCUUUUCUCCUAAGCAGUUCGACCGCAAUCUGGCUGGAUAGGUUUUGGAUACCAACUCUGCUAUCGGUUUUGGCCGUAUCUGCUAAGCGUUCAAGGACCUUCAAAAUGGAAUUGGGAUCGUCCCGGUCGGCCACAGAGAUGGCCACGCUGAGCUUGAGGACACUGGUUCCGCCGCCCAAGACGCUGUCCGUCUCUCGUUCUUCAAAGAAUGAUGCCCCACGCGAGAAAGUAUUGCCAAUGGCGUUGCUCACAGUAAGGGCCAUUCCACCCAACACCAAGAGUGGAAGGAUUCCCGGACCUCGACUAUAAGAGAUGACUCCGGGAGCUCCGUAGCGGUAGGGGCUGUAGAAGGGUGAAAUGGGCGCCACAAAUGGCAUGGGAGCGAUUACAGUUGGUCUCGAGUAGUAUCCCCCCGAGUAGUAUCCCCUUGAAGCACUGGGUGCCGGGCGAGACAUUGCAGGGCGAGACGAAAACGAGGCUCCGCCAAUGCGGCCUCCCGUCAUGGCAGCGUCAGAUGACAUGGGUGCCAUGGACAAGGCAGUGACCAAGGCAGCAGUUGCCACAGCUGCAUUACGCUGAUUGGAGUCUUGGAAAAAGUUGAAAAGCGCGGGAGUGGGAUCCGUGCUCUUUCCUUUCUCGUUCUGAUUUUGGCUGUCGUCAUGGUCUGGUUGGACGGUGUCCCAAAGGGGUGCAGCCAAUGGUUGCUUCAUAGAACCAUGCAAUCCAGCCCUGGUGUCGACAGUAAGGGGAGCCCGAGGUGUGAAGGCAUGCAAGGGUGUACCGGCCAUCAAGGCCAAGGCAACAGCGAUGGACGGGUUCGAUGAUAACUUCAUGUUGCUUCUUGAUAUUUGAUUUCUUGUUUUCUGUGUGUCUGUUCUCUUUUCGCAGAAGCAAAUUUAUGAAACGUCAAAAGUCAUGUAAUAUCACAGCAAUGAUGAUGCGCUGGC